CAGGAGAUUCAUUGUGUGCGCUAGCUGGAUCAGCUACAGGUCAAGCAAGAAAGUGGGCCGGGAAGCCAUCGCAAUGAGGAGCUUUUCCCUGUACCAGCAGCUCGCCUUCCACCGUGGCACAGCACAGCGCUGAGACCUCGUGGCAGUACCAUGCCUUCGAUCCUGCCGAGACUUAGGAUUGCCAUGCUGCAGUUCCAUGAUGGAACAGCAUGGGAACUCUUGUCCAGCGUGAAGGCUGCUUUGCGGUCUCUCUCCGGCCUGCAAAACCCGGAGCCAACGAUUGACCAGGUGCAGCUGUUCUUUACUCAAGUAAAAGCGCUUCGGAACACGGAGAUGGGUGUUUGGCUGCAGCAACAUGUCGUAGCAGAAUUUGCGACCUUGAAAGCCAUGUUCCAAGCUGUCCAAGAGGGGCGAUUGACUAUGGAGGAAGUGGGCCAGGUCUGGCUGCCGCAUGAAGCGAAAGGCUUGGAGGAUGCGGAGUUGGUGAUUUGCAGCGAACCCAUGUGGUUGUGCCCCUACCUGCGACUGAGGCGGUCGAAGGUGAUGUUGGGCGUAUUGCACAUGGCUUUGCUCAAUGAGUUCCCCACUACCAAUGAGGGCGACUUGUGGAGCUUUUGGUCCGGCUUCAAGUCGAUGCUAGAAGAGCGGCGCAUGCUUCCCUCUGUUGCGUGUCGAACCACCAUUGAGCAGGUGGCCCAUCAGAGUGGCUGGCAGCUCCCCUAUGUGCCGUUCAUUGGCCUGGGUAUCCAAACCAGGUACGCUCCAGUGGAGGAGAGAAGAGCCUUGAUCUUUCGGAACAAUCGGCAAAACACGUUGGCCUUCCGAAGCGCUCUGCGGAUGUUUGUGGACUCAACGGAGAACUUUCCCAUGAAGGUGAUGGACAUGAAUGACUUCAAGAAAGCUUUGAGCUUUGAGGAGAUCGCGACUUUCCACUGCGUGAUCUUUGUGCCGCACGGCCCCAAUGCGUUGCGCCUCUCGGACAUCUAUGCCGCCAACAUCCCAGCUGUGGUGCCGGAGGAGCCACUAGUGCAGAACUUUGUUUGGAGCAGCAGGACAUUUGGAGGCUACGAUGCCGAGACCCGAUACCUGGAGCGGGCGCCACCAGAGCUGCGAACACAGACGGAUGCACCCGCCUUCCAUGCCAGCAACUACCUGCAAUCAUGGUCCAUCCAUCGCUUCAUCGACGACCGGCGGUACUGGUACCAGUUCACAGAGAGUGGGCCACGCUGCCUCACCUCCUGCGCUUCCACUCGUUGCCUUCGCUUUUGCAGCUUUUGAAGGACUUGACAGUGGACUCAGGCCGCAAGGUGUCGAUGCGCAUGGCUGCGCACCACGUCACCAUGGUGGCAGAUACCUUGAGCUGGUGGCGGUUGGCUCUAGCUGAUGCUCUAAGCUGAGAAGUCCAGGCAAAACGGCAAACCUGGUUCAGUCAGGGGCGAGAUUUGGAUGGCGAUGAUAUGCAUCGGGACUACAGAGGAUAGUUUGGCGGAAGAAGUCGGUGUGAUAGAUGAGGCAGCCGCAGUGCCUUUUGAAGAGUGGCUUCAGGGCAAGAGGGACAGAGUCGAAGAGAAGGACUACAUGCAUU